CUAAAAUUUGCCGGGAAACCUGUAAGCUGCUGAUCUGGAACUCGCACUGGGGCAAUAUCAGGACUUUCAGUAUAUACCUAACGUUUUAUAGUGAAAAGUAUAAAAGCCGACAAAUUGGAAAUCCAGCACCGAUCGAAUCUUCAGUGGUUCGUUACCACGCUGACGUAAAGCGGGAGCAGUUAUGAAGUUUCUUUUAGUUUUGGUGGCUUUGUUGCCUUCCAUUCUCUGUGCUUUAACCAAGCGAGAAUCAGGGGAGAAAGUAAGACUAGUCAAGCCAGAUGGCAUGAAGGGCAAUGGUACAGGUCGGGUUGAGAUCUUCCACGAUGGUCAGUGGGGUUCCGUCUGUGACUACAAUUGGGACAAGAAAGAUGCUGAGGUCGUAUGUAUCGAAAUGGGUUUCAUCAAAGCCGUUCAUGAAACUAGGCAAGCAAAGUAUGGACAAGGUACCGGCCCUGUCUGGAUAGAAAACGUAUCCUGCAAAGGAAACGAGCUAAGCUUGCUUGAUUGUCAACAUAGUGGUUUUGGAAAGACUUGGUGUAAGCACAGUAGAGACGCAGGCGUUAAAUGUCUUCAUGAAGGUGUGCCACAAAUCCUUGAGGUGGGCUGUUACCGAGACAUCGUGGCGAUAGGACCAAAAGGGCGUGCAUUAUCAGACCUUUACCUGAACGCUAGAAAACAAGUCGAUUGGUACAACAUUAGGAGCAUGGUUACGAAAUGUGCCGAGGGUGCACAUGCUCAGGGGUACAAGUACUUUGGUAUCCAGUUCUUUGGUGAAUGCUGGGGAUCAAAAACAGCCAAUUUGGAAUUCGACGUUCAUGGGAAAGGAACGAAAUGCUAUGAAGGAGUUGGAGGGCAGUCUCAUAACUUUGUGUACCGCUUUGCACCAUGGAAAGACCUGGGAUGUUGGCACGACAAGCCUCAACAAGGUCGCACUAUGACACUUCUCAAAAACUUCCGAAGUUCUAUCGACUGGUUUCACCUAGAGAUCACAGUGGAAAAAUGUUAUCAAGCAGCCAAGAAAGCAGGCAAGACCUACUUUGCCAUUCAGUUCUACGGCGAGUGUUGGGUUGGGGAUGACGAAAGCUAUCAGAAGUAUGGCUACUCAGUGGACUGUUACAAGGGAGUGGGCAAGAACUGGGCAAACUACGUCUACAAGGUCAUGUGGUAAAAGCCACGUAACACUAGGGCUACCACACACAGUGUUAUACGUCCAAGGGAAAUUAAUAUAGUCAAAGAACGAUAAAAGCAAACAACACUCUUUCAAAUGUAUUGACUUAAAAAUUAAUCAAUAAAAUUAAUAGUGAUGAAUAUCAGCCAACACCAUUAAUAAUGAUGAA